AUGACAAAAAAAAAUACACAAAAUAUUAAUGAUGAAUAUUUAGCUGCCUAUACACCCCAAUCCACCGACUGCAGCGGUCGAUGGCGGGUGCAGCAGCAGCUGCAGCCGACUGCAGCAGCAGCAGCAGCAGCAAGAGAAGCAACAUCAGCAACAACAGCAACAAUAGCAGCAGCAACAGCAACACAAGGAGCAUCUGAGCCCACAGCAGCAACAGACUUAUCGCCGUCAGGAAAAGGGGGAGGAGAAGCAACAGCAGCAGCGGCAGCAGCAGCAGCUGCUGCUGCUGCUGCAAGUAGUAGUGGUGUAUUAUCACGUUUGUGGUUAUAUGCAGGAGCUGUCUGUACACCGCGUGCAGCAGCAAGCAGUAUAAUUUGUUCGUUGCUGCAGCAGCAACAUCAACAAGAGCAGCAGCAGCAGCAACAGCAGCAGCAGCAGCAACAGCAGCAGCAGCAACAGCAGCAACAGCAGCAGCAGCAUAAGAAGAAGCAGCAAAUAAGAAGAUUUACUUCUUAUAGAAGACAUAAUAUAUUAUUAUCUAGGAUAUUAUUAAUGGCAAUUGUUGCUGCUGUUGCUGCUGCUGCUGCUGCACAAGAAGCAGCAGCAAUAUUACCUAUACCUAAGAAUAAUCCAUUAACAGCACCGCAUGCAUUUGCUGCUCAUCCUGCUGCUGCACCUGCUGCUGCUGCUGCACCUCAUGCUGCUGCUGCACCUCAUGCUGCUGCAGAUAAUAUACAACUAACAGGGAAAAUAACACAACCAGCAGCAGCAGCAGCAGCAACAGCAGCAGCAGCAGCAGCAGCAGCAAACAGGAAAGUAUUUAACCUAGGGGAAGCAAAACUCAUCACCCCCAUCACCCUGGCAUACAACAACCAUCAACAGCAGCACCAGCAGCAGCAGCAGCAACAGCAGCAGCAGCAGCAGCAGGAAGAAGAGGAGGAGGAGGAGGACAACGAACAAGAAGAAGAACAAGAAGAAGAAGAAAAAGACAUAUCCUCUUCUCCCUCCCCACAUAUAAACCGUACAGCAGCAGCAUCAGCAGCACCAGCAGCAGCCCUACCUUCAGCAGCAGGAGCAGCAGGAGCAGAAGCAGCAGCAGCAGCAGCAGCAGCAGCAGCAGCAGGAGAAUCCUUAAUAGAAUUAUCCUCUCCUGCCUUAUUUGCUGGACAAGUAGGGGCAGGAUCUAUUGAAUUACUUCCUGAUACAGAAGAAGAAAUUAAUUUAUUACCUAAUUGUUUAUUUUAUUCUUCUUAUCCUUCUUCUUGUAUACCAGAGACUGUACACUCUCCUUAUAUUGUCGAGCUAAACAAUUCACAGGACAAUAUGGUGCUGCCCAAUGUCCUAGUAUAUAUUCAUUCCCUAUAG